AUGACGUUUGUAAAGGGCUAUUCUGGCGAGAAAGGUGACACGGGAUUAUUCGGGAAAAACGGAAUUAAGGGCGACCCUGGUUCAAGAGGUUUACCUGGUCCAAGAGGUUCCGUAGGUCCUCCUGGUGCAACUGGUGAGACUGGAAAACAGGGAGUGUCGGGCCCACGAGGAGUAACUGGAGAUACCGGACAGCAAGGUCCAGUAGGUCCUCCAGGUUUGCCUGGUCUUAAAGGAUUCCAAGGAAUAAAGGGAGACAAAGGAUACCAAGGAUCACAAGGUUUAGCAGGUUUGGAUGGAAAACCGGGCCCACCAGGACAUUCGGGACCAGAUGGACCUUCCGGGGAAAAGGGCGGGAAGGGCGCUCGAGGCUUUACAGGUCACAAAGGAGAACAAGGUGGUCAAGGAAUACCAGGACCUACGAUCGAUGAGAACACGAAAAAUUUAAUGAAAAGUUGUUGUGACCCUGUAAAUAGCUUUCAGUCAAUAAUAGAUGAAAUCAUAGAAAAUGUCACACAAAUGAGAAUUGAUUUAGCGAAUGGUUAUGACAAACCAGCGUUUCAUGUAUCAGGAAGUGGUGCCGACUGGAAAAGCUAUUCGUCUGGUAAUAUGUGAUAAUAGAAUUUGAAAUACUUAGAUUAUUGCAAUAUU